AUGACCACCGCUCGAAACAGCCACUCUAAACCCACCAAAAAGCAAGUCGUAAAAGAGAGCGACGUGGCCGCGAACGAAGCGAUCCUCGCGCACGCAGAGUUCUCGCAGACCGUGAAGUCAUGGCUGAGCAUCCCUGCCUACGGGGGUGGAGACGACAUUGAAGGCGAGAACGCGCAGGGUGGCGAUAACGGCGGAGCAGGUGGAACAUCAUCAAGGAUGAAAGAGGUGCUGCACGCAGCUGGUGAAGAGGCUACUUCGGACAUGGGCGGGCUCGGCUAUAUUCCACCGAAAGACUCGGACGGGCGCCCGGUGACUGCAACGACCAGCGAUCCGACGACGGCGUUCCUCCGCAAGCACCUGCUGGGCAGCAGGAGUCGACUUGUGCAUCCUGCUGCGAGUACAAAUCGACCACGCGGCGGCAGUCUGCGGGGGAACGCAGGAAGCUACCACGCCGCAGCACGGGGACCAGGGACGAGAAGAGCGAACACCAACGACGAUGACAGCGAUGACGAGCAGGACUCUCGCUCUAAGGCGAGGGGAGCCCCGAGCAAAUCUGCACGGGGCCGCUCUGCGAAGAAUGACACGGCCGUCGAAAUAGAACCGAAGCUGCGCGACGGCGGCGGCGGCGACGGCAGUAGCAGCAGCACCACACUGCAGACCGGGACACAAGCCGAGGAGAUCGAACAGCAAGCGCAUGAUAAACCAUCUCCAGCGGACCAGCCAUGGGCGGCCAUGAGCACCGCUGGAAGGGCGAAGCGAGGGCCAACAAGCUACCUGGACCAAGUACUCGCCGAGCGUGCUAGGAAGAAGAAGAAAAAGAAGAAAUAA